AUGGCAGAUGAAAGCUUUAAACAGGAGUUCCUGGAGGCCCAUAACCAGUACAGGAAGCAGCAUCAAGCCCCAGAGCUGACAUACAGUGAUGAGCUGUGCAGUGCUGCUCACAAGUGGGCGGAUCAUAUGCUGAGCAACAAAGCACUGGCCCACAGUGACACGGAUAAUGGGGAGAAUGUGUUUUAUUCCUAUAACUCUGACAAAAACACACCCACAGGGAAGGAGGCUGUAGACAGUUGGUACAGUGAGAUCAAGGAUUACAGCUUUAACACACCAGGAAAUCAGCCCAAAACAGGGCAUUUCACUCAGGUUGUGUGGAAAUCAUCCACAGAGCUCGGAGUAGGUCUGGCUACUGAUGGAAACACAGUUUUUGUUGUUGGUCAGUACAAACCUGCUGGAAAUAUAACCAACGCUGGUUACUAUGAGCAAAAUGUUCUACCUAAAACUGAAUAA